UAAAUUACCAAACAAUUAAUUUUUAGCAUUGAAAUUUCUUUGUUUUUAUUAACUUGUCAAAAUGUCAACAAACGGCGUUUUAUGUAAGGUGAAAAAGCUAAGUAAUAUCUUAAUUACACAGCGCAGUUCUUGUGAAUGUCUAAAUAAAGUUAUGAAAACCCAAUGGGAUAUAUCACAAGUCAUGGGCUGCAAUGGCAAGAAUCUAGUUAAAUAUGGUGUACUGGUAUUGAACAGACCAAUUUUACAAAAAACUGAUUUUAUGAAAACAUUCUGGAAUAAUGCUAGCGUAAGAAUAACUGUUGAUGGUGGGACAUGUCAGUGGGAUAACUUUUUAAAACUACUACCAGAAAAAGAGCAACAAUCAAUUCAGUUGCCAGAUCUUGUUACUGGUGACUUUGAUUCAAUAACAGAUGAAAUAUUACAGAAAUAUAAAAAGAAAGGUUGUAAGAUCAUACAUACACCAGAUCAAGACCAUACAGAUUUUACAAAAGCUUUAAUGGAAUUAAAUAAAUACUGCACUGAAUAUAAAACUGAGAUAAAGCAUGCAGUCGCAAUAGCCCAAGCUUCAGGAAGGAUUGACCAAAUAUUAGGGAAUGUACAGACAUUGUAUCUAGCAAAGUUGAAUUUGUUACCUACAACUAAAGUUUAUAUAAUGUCCGAUGAUUCGAUAUCCUGGUUGUUGUUCCCCGGAGAACAUAUAAUAUUUAUACCUGAAGAGACAAGGAAACAUAAAAGAUCUUGGUGUUCGUUAGUGCCCAUGGGAGAAAUCUGUGAUAGUGUCACAACAAGUGGCCUCAAAUGGAAUUUAGAAAACACAAGACUAAAGUUUGGUGAACUAGUGAGUACUUCAAAUGCAUUCGACGGCUCAGAGAAGGUAAUGGUUAAAUGCAGUCACACAAUUCUCUGGUCGAUGAAAAUGCCCGGCAUAUUAUGUUGACAAAUACAUACGGGGAAUGUAGAGAAGUUGAUUAGAUGAAUUUAUUUCUGGAAAUAAUAUACUAAAUUGUUUUUUUUUAUUUUCUAUAAGUUCUGUUAAAUUGUCUGAUUUAUAACACUC